CGAUCUCCAAGCUAUGGAUUCGUAGUGAUCCUUUCCGUGUAUGAAAUGAAGAUCGCAGGAUCACGAGGCAGUCUUUCAGUCGUUACACGAGCGAGCAUCAGAUUGUGGGAGUAGAAUUGAAUCGAAGGAUUUUUUCCCUUCACUAUUGUCUAAAAGUGUCUGUUUUUGGAUUAUUUUAGUCGGAUCGCUCGAACAGCAUUUAUAACUAAAUCUGAACAGGAAUAUAAAAGCGGAAACGGUUUCCGUUAUUCGAGUCGGUUUGGGCGUCUAAGCAGAAGUCGGGAGGUUUGUAAAGUUUUGUUCCCUCUGAUCAUCCUGGACAGCAAUGAGUUACUCAGAACCUCUAACAUUUUCAUCCGUCGAAGAAGAGAGGGAUUACUGGAAGGAGAGAGCGACUCAUCACCAGCAGAGGGCUGAUGAGGCUCGAGAUGAGUUGCAGGAGUUUCAGCAGAUGAGUAGAGAUUACGAAGCCGAACUCGAGACCGAACUGAAGCAGUGUGAAGCGCGAAACCGUGAACUCCUCGCGACCAACAACCGGCUACGCACAGAACUGGAGAACUUUAAGGAGAAGUACGAGACGCAGCACUCUGAGACGUACAGACGGGUUUCUGCUCUGGAAGGAGAUUUAGCCGAAACCACCGCCAUCAAGGACCAGUUACAGAAAUAUAUCAGAGAGCUGGAACAGUCCAACGAUGACCUCGAGAGAGCUAAAAGGGCCACCAUCAUGUCACUGGAGGACUUUGAGCAGAGGAUGAACCAUGUCAUCGAGAGGAAUGCUUUUCUCGAGAGCGAACUAGACGAGAAGGAGAAUCUGCUGGAGUCGGUUCAGAGACUGAAGGAUGAAGCUCGAGAUCUGAGGCAGGAGCUGGCGGUGAAACAGAAGCAGGACCGUAAACCAUCCCUUAGCCUUACAGUGGAUGGAGAGAAGGUGGAGUCGAUGGCAUCACACACACCGUCCACUCAUCCCUCACACCUCACUACACCGCCCAGAGCAGCAGCAGGUUCUGGGAGCGCAUUUCACACACCACCGUCCUCCUAUGGCAGAAUCGAAGGUCUCACCGGGACGCCGUUGACGACGUCAGCACGGAUUUCCGCUCUCAACAUCGUAGGAGAACUGCUGAGGAAAGUCGGCUUUGUGUCGGUGUUUCAGAAUUUGGAGUCGAAGCUGGCAUCAUGCAGAGAGCUGCAGGUCCAGGAGCGAACACCCAGUCGCUUGGCGACGGCUCCGAGCUCUCACGGCACCCCGAGAGAAGCGCUGGAGAACCAGCCGAGCGCUAACGGUCUGUUCGAGGGGAUGGUCAAGCGGCUAGAUUUUGGACCCAAAAUGGUGGUCUGACUCUGGGGCUCUGUGUGUGUGUGUGUGUGUGUGUGUGUGUGUGAUUGUUCUGGACUCUACUUCUUUCUUGUCUCCUGCUGACUUAACACGUGGUUCAACACUCUUGCACUAGGAGGGUGUGAGUUUGUCUUUUUUUUUUUUUUUUUCUUAUUUUUAUUACUACUGUUAACUGAGGGUUAAUCCCCCCCCCCUCUCUCUCUCUCUUUUUUUUCUUUUUAUAUUUUUUUAUAUAAACAUUGUCUGUAUCUCCAUGUACAUCUACAUGUCUAUGUUUCACUGUUUUUGUAAAGAAAAUGUCUGAUUACAGAUGUUUGCACUGCACAGUUUAGAGGGUUUUCUGCCAUAUCACGUCUCUCUUUAGAUCGUUAUUGAAGACGACGUUCUAAACGGAAAAAGGAAAAUGGGAAACAAGGAAAUGUUCUUUCUAAUGCAGCAGAAGCAGCACAUCGAAGAAAUAUAAAUAGAACUUCCCCUUUAGUCCGAAUGUAGUCAUUGUAGGGGGGGGAUGACUACAUCUGCAAUAUGAUCUGAAUUAAUAUUUCCAUUUUUUUAAAGGCUGAAGAAGAAAUAAUUCCCCUUUAACAUAUUUGAUGCCAAGUUUUUUUUUUCUGUGACUUUGCUUUGCCCAUUUUAUGAGAAACUGAGACGAAGCUGCAGAAAGCUGUACACUUCCUUAAGAGUGAAGGCAGGAAACACAGAACUGUGCAGUGCAGCUCAAACUUAAGGACUGCAAUAUUGCCAUAUGGGUCUUUGUGCAAAUGAUCUUCUAAUGAACAAUUAGAGGUUUGGUUCAAACCGUUCUAGCGUUAGUAAGUUAGGAAAAAGAAUGUUUUGAAACACACUCGCCCUUUUCUGGGGCGCUUAUAGCCGAGCCCGGUCCCUAUACAUUUGUCGUGAUGUCAAGAUAUUUUUCAUUUUCUGUAACUGGGGGACAAAAUCGGAACGCACGUUUCACAUUACGAUGCAAUCGGCAGGUUAAGAAAAAAAAAAAAAAAGAUCGAUUCUUAUUGUUUCUUUACAAUUUACAAGUUUGACGUGUAACUUUAAAGGACAUUAAUUUGUUACAGCAACAUUGUUAGUGUUAUAAAAAGCACUAAGGAGACUCAGGAUGUGCUUGAAAUACAGGACUGUAAGUAACUUGUUAUAUUGCACACGUCUACAAAGGUUCGGUGACGAUUAGGUUCUCGCUUAAUUAACACCGGAUCAGAGGCUCAUAUAUAGAACCCUGAUGGGAUAAAAUACAGAACCUUUUACAUGUUCAGUUGGUUUUGUUUUUUUCCCUCUCUUAAGCACUGUACAGUAAUUGCUUUCGCAUGUCUGACGUGGCACUAAAUUUUGUAUUCAAUAGAGCUUUUGUUGAUGUGAAGCUUUGAGAUUUUUGCAGCAGUUUCACAAGCCUUAGGGCUUAGCAUCAGGGACGUGUCGCUCAGAAAGAGAACGAGAGGGACACAAAGUGUCUCUAUACAGUGUAUUCCACAGCAGCAUGUUAACAAGGACAGUUUCCUUAUUUGUUAAAGAAUGACUCCUCUUUUAAUGUUGUGAAACGUUAUCAGAAUAUGAUGUCCUCUCAAAGACAAAAAAAACCUCAGCUUGUCAUGUAAAUGAGGAACCAAAAAACGUUGCAUAUGUGCAGUUUUUAGCCUUGCGUGCAACCCCAAAGUCCGCUUGCACGUGAUCUGUUACUAUAGCAAUGAGAGAUGCUGAUACAGAAAAUGACCAAUGAGGCUUCAGUAACGCUCUAGCACAACACAGGCAUUUCUCCAUUAUAAAUCUGGCACAUAAGUGAUAUCGAGACGCCUCGUUAGUAUUUUAUGGAUUAUUUCUUUAAAAAAUGGCAGACGUUCUUGUAAACGAGACAAAAGUCUUUACCGUUUUUCUUUCUCGCAUGAUCUCUGGGUUUUGUCCGGGAUGUAAAUGUUAAGAAACGGACCAAAAUCCAAACGCAGUCUCUCUGUAGUGUAGUUGAGAUAAAUUAAAGAGUUAAAUACUUCAGUGAAGGCUACAAAUGUUUUAUGUUAAAAUUAGAAAUGUAAAGAGGAGCUUGGAUGUGCCGUUUUCUCUACUAAUAUAGGAGUUAUGAUGGACGGAUGAACAGAUAGACAGAUCAAGGUCUACUUAUCUACAUUAAACUUUAAUCACUAAUAACAGUACAGUUUUUGGCAAUGAUCAGGUGUUUAAAUCACGUGCUCACUGAGAGUCGAGUGGGGUAUUAAGGAACGGUUCAGGUUCAAUACAGCAGCUUUAUCAUGUUCAUGUAAAACGUGUUCCAUCAGCAGAUGUGCAAAAUAAACGACUUGCUACACAAAACUGUCAA